AUGGCAGGGGCAAGUGACAAGGCCAGGUUCUUUCUGGAGCAAUCCGUCCCAGAACUGAAGGAAUAUGAGCGCAAGGGGAUAUUUACUUCGGAUGAGAUAGCCAGAAUUGCACAGAAACGAUCGGAGUUCGAGCACAAAUUAAAUGCGCGCGAAUGCACACCUCCAGACUAUGCCCGAUACACAGAAUUCGAGAUCAACGUUGACGCUCUGCGACGGAAAAGGGUGAAGAGGUUAAUAGUCAAGGCUCCUACCCAUACUGGUCAACGCAGGGUGUUUUUCAUUCUCGAUCGAGCUACGAGAAAGUUCCCAGGCGACCUCGGCCUCUGGUUGCAGCAAAUCGAGUACGCUCGACAGCAAAAGGCAUACAAAAGGCUCUCCCAGAUCCUGACGAAAGCUCUUCGCCUACACCCAUCAAAGCCGGAUCUAUGGAUAUAUGCAGGCCAUAUCGCGAUGGAAGAGCACGCAGAUAUGAUGGAGGCCAGGAGUUACAUGCAAAGAGGUUUGAGAUUCUGUAAAGGCUCGAAAUCUCUUUGGUUAGAAUAUAUGAAGCUCGAACUUCUCUACAUUGCGAAAAUCACUGCGCGACAGCAGAUCCUGGGCAUAGAUCAAUACCCAGAACCACAAAACGAAAAUAGGGCUGUUGGCGAUGAGGAUGCGGACGUUGUUGGCCUCCAGGGCCUAACAGCAGAAGAUAUCCACCCUAGCAACGUUUCAAUGCACAAUAUUGAUCUGGCUUCUCCACAGAAAUUGGCCAAGACGCCUGCAUUGAGCGGCGCAAUUCCGAUUGCAAUCUUUGAUGCUGCCAUGCUCCAACUCGAAAACGAUGACGAAGUCGCUCUAAAAUUCUUCGACACUGUACAAGAGAUAGAUCCGAUCCCUUGUUUACGAAGCGUACUCCAGCACAUCGUGGAUCACAUGUUGAGCUCUCAGCCAUCGAACUGGAGGACCUUAGUAUGCAGUGUCAAGGUGCCCUGCGUGGGGGUUGCUGUCACAUCUCCUGAAUUUCCUAAGCGCUUCGGAAUCUCAUUGAAGAGGCUUCAGGAAGCUUUGCUCGGAAGGAGCUGCUGCAUUGGACUGAUCGAGAGCAUUCGAGAGUGGCUAGAAAUACUCCUAGAGAAUGAUUCUCUGGAUAUUGCACUGCGUCAAGUCGUAGUAUCAACUCUCCGGCAAUUGAAAGCAGUAGCCGACUCUAGUCAUGCUGCCUGA